CGUGUGGCUCAUUAAAGGGGUUAUGGCUCCGAGCUCCAGAUAGCAACAUAACACAGUUUAUUCGUCGAAAAUGACGCCGACGGUCAAGAAGUCCUCCCAGGAAACUGGACACAUAAAUAACGGGUUCGAGGAAAAAUAUGAGGGUCAUCAAAGCGGUACGGAAGCCGAGGACGAACCUCUUCUCCGGGAGAACCCCAGACGGUUUGUCAUCUUUCCCAUCCAGCAUCCGGAUAUCUGGAAGAUGUACAAGCAAGCUCAGGCGUCUUUCUGGACGGUGGAGGAGGUUGAUCUCUCCAAAGACUUGGCGCACUGGGACUGCUUGAAGCCUGAAGAAAAACAUUUUAUCUCGCAUGUUUUAGCUUUUUUUGCCGCCAGUGAUGGGAUUGUCAACGAGAACUUGGUGCAGAGGUUCAGCCAGGAAGUGCAGCUGCCUGAAGCGCGCUCCUUCUACAGCUUCCAGAUCCUCAUAGAGACUGUUCACUCAGAGAUGUACAGCAUGCUCAUCAACACUUACAUCAGGGAUCUGAAAGAGAGGGACCGUUUGUUUAACGCUGUUCAGACCAUGCCAUGCGUGCAAAGAAAAGCGGAUUGGGCCCUCCAAUGGAUAAAUGACAACAAAUCCACCUUUGGGGAGCGUCUUGUGGCUUUUGCAGCAGUGGAGGGGAUUUUCUUCUCAGGCUCAUUCGCUGCUAUUUACUGGCUGAAGAAAAGGGGCCUCAUGCCAGGCCUAACCUACUCCAAUGAACUCAUCAGCAGGGAUGAGGGUCUGCAUUGUAACUUUGCCUGCCUGCUGUACAGCUACCUGCUGAAAAAACCUUCAGAGGACAGAGUCAAAGAUAUUAUCAGCAAAGCUGUGAGCAUUGAGCAGGAGUUUUUGACAGAGGCCUUACCAGUCGAUCUGAUUGGAAUAAAUUGCUGCCUCAUGAAGCAGUAUAUCGAGUUUGUAGCCGACCGGCUGCUCAUUGAUCUUGGAUUGACCAAGGUUUACAACGUGGAAAAUCCUUUUGACUUCAUGGAGUCCAUUUCUCUUGAGGGAAAAACAAACUUCUUUGAGAAAAGAGUAGCAGAGUACCAGAGAUUCGGAGUGAUGUCGAGCAUGACGGACUGUGAAUUCACUCUGGAUGCAGACUUCUGAAAGCAACAGUGUACUGUCAUUACCAUCCUGAUUUACACAAAGCAGCCACAACCUGAAGUACAUUUUAAGUUUUCUUUAUCCAAACAAAAAAAAAACAACUUCUUAAUAGAUGUUAAAUUGGAAAAAAUACAACCUCAGAUAAACAACAUAUGACAUAAUAAUAUGCAAUAUGACAUAUUGGUUGUGUAUUAAAAGUGAAGCCUUUUCUUGUUGUUUAUCUGGGAUCUGAUGUAUAAUUUUUUUAACACUUACGAAGGCGAAGAUGGUUUACAUUUUAUGGUGAGAUGUAUAACCUUAGAAAUUAAAGAAGCCGUACUUUUUUUUUGUGACUAUUUGUUAUAUUUGAUCUAUUUAUAUAUUUUUUGGAAGUGCAAAUUAGGUAAAAUUUUGUCAUGUUUCCUUUAAUUACAUUAAAUCAGUUUUCAUUAUGUCGGAAAGUUA